GUGGUGGUGGUGGAUUGCCGUCUGCCGCGGUGAUGGAUCAUGACGCCAGGGCCCAAAAUGCGGGGGAGGGGACGACGAGGCGACGAUAUCUGGGUCUUAUAUCAAUAAUCGCGUCUUUCUGUCCCUCAAGUCAACACCCCCUUCUUCAGUCUGUUUCAAAACCGAGGUCAUUCAUUCUCCUCAUAGGUCGUCGUCGUCCCUCUCAGCACACAACUAGUCACCCGGCGAGAAGAGGAAGCAUGGCUGGCAGCGACGACUAUAGCGUCGACGAGGCGCGGGCCCAGUUCCCGGCCCUACAGCAGCAGCAAGUCUUCUUCGACAACGCCGGCGGCAGUCAAGUGCUCGGAAGCGUCGUCGACUCCAUCCGCGACUACUUCACGACGGCCAACGUCCAGCUCGGCGCGUCGUACGCCGUCGGGCAGAGGGCGACGGCACGCUACGACGCCGCCCACGACGCCGGCGCGCGCUUCGUCAACGCCCGCUCGGACGAGGUCGUCUUCGGCCCUUCCACCACGCAGCUGCUGCGCAACCUCUCCCUCGCCCUCGGCGGCCCCGGCUCCCGCCUGCGCCCCGGCGACGACAUCGUCGUCUCCGCCAUCGACCACGAAGCCAACGUGGCUCCCUGGGUCGACCUCGCCGACCGCCACGAUCUCGUCCUCAAGUGGUGGCGCCCAGCUGCUGCUGCUGCUGCCCACGAUACCAACCCCAAGCUGCUCCCCGAAGACCUCGCCCGGCUCGUCGGCCCCCGCACGCGCCUCGUGACCUUCACCCACGCCAGCAACAUCCUCGGCACCAUCACCGACGUCCGCGCCGUCGCCGACGUCGCCCAUGCCGUCGGCGCCCUCGUCUGCGUCGACGGCGUCGCCUACGCCCCGCACCGCCCCAUCGACGUCGCCGCCCUCGGCGUCGACUUCUACUGCUUCUCCUGGUACAAGACGUACGGCCCGCACGUCGCCAUGCUGUACGCCGGCUGGGCCGCCCAGACGCACCUGCGCUCCCUGGGCCACUUCUUCAACCCCUCGGCGACGCUCGCCGACAAGCUCGGUCUCGCCGGCGGCAGCUACGAGCUGUGCCAGGCCGUCACUCACGUCGUCGACUACCUCGGCCCUGGCACCGGCUCCGAGAAGUGGCGCGCCAUCGAGGCCCACGAGCACCAGCUGCAGGCCGUGCUGCUCGACUUCCUCACGGCUCGCCCGGACGUCACCAUCUUCGGCGUUGCCAAGCCCGACUCUCACCUCCGCGUCUCCACGGUCAGCUUCGCCGUCGACGGCUGGGACCCCAAGGCCCUGGUCGAGGCUGUGGAAAAGGACACGCGCUUUGCCUUUCGCUGGGGCGCCUUUUACUCGAACCGCCUCGUCCGCGACACGUUGCGCCUGGGGCCCAAUGGCGUCGUCAGGGUCAGCAUGGUUCACUACAACACGCUCGAUGAAGUCAAGGGGCUCAUCAAGGCGUUGGAAAAAGUGAUUGACGGAAAGGAGUAAACGACGUAGAAAAGACAUAUUGUAGCAUGCACGUCUUUUACAAUGAAUCUAUUACGUAGCUCAUAGGUAACGUAUAGCCACAAAUGCGUGGACAACCAAGACACCGAUAGAUAUA